AAGUUUUUUCUUUUUUUUAAUGCAAAGCCGUAGAGGGGUUUAUCAGGUGGGUCUUCCAUCGUCAUCUGCUGAAAUGUUUCGAAAAUGAAUUAAAUGUUGUAACAAAAUUUUAUCCGCCACUGUGCAACGCUGUUGUUAGGUUGCCCAGGUAACCAGUGAAAAACUGAGCAAAUCGACAAAUAAAUUCCCAGAAUAAUCUCAUAAAAAUAUUUCUGGAAAAAUGUCAGAUCCCAAUUGGAAAAUAACUCCUGGUGAGCUAGUUCGUCUACGUGACAUUUGCAUAGACCGUAUACGCGAGGGUGAGCUUUACGAACUGCGCAAUGAAGCCAAAUUAAGGGCAGUCUACAACACUCAGAGCUAUGAUGAGUUCAAGGACAUUGUUGAUGCAGCCCAUCUGCGUCCUGUUAGUCAGAAGGACAAGGCUAAUGCACAGACCAAGAGUCGCCUGUGGAACUCUGCUGCACGGGAAUAACCGAUUAGAAUAGUCUCAAUAAAGCGAAAUAUUGUGUAA